AUGGAUUUGGCUCGACUGAAGAAGAAGACUGCGAAGUCAGUACAAGACAAGAGAGAAAGCGAUGAACAGUUGAUUCGAGAGGCAGCAUUGAUGGCCAUGAAGCGCAAAAACGAGGAAGAAGGUGCUUCUUUGGCUUCGAGUUGGAGCCCAUCGAGCAAGGAGCCCGAGAACAAAAAGUUUCAGCGCAUUGGACAUUUAAAGGAUGCUGCUUCUGUUGAUUCAACCUUCACUGCCAUGAUGGAAGAGUCAAAUCGGAUUAAGGCUGAAGAGGUUGCCAUGAAAAAAGAAGAGCUGGCACUUGAACAACGAAAGCUUGAGUUAGAACAAGCAAG